AUAGGAUCUAAAUUUAAAGUAGCUGUUGAUGAUGAAACAUUGAAACUUUCAUCGAAUACACCCCCAGACAUUUAAUCCAAACAACCCCUUGUUAUCAGGGCAGGAACAACUAAUGGCUGAUUAUAAUUUGCUGGAGCCAAAAUCACGAGAUUUACACCGAUUAUCCUGCGAUAUAUGACAACUACCUCAAAAUAUCCGAGGGCUCCUAGCAGUAAGCCGUCGGUUUCAACAUGCGGAUAAGAUAAUAGCGUCACAAGACUACAAGGGUUUCUUUUGGUCACAGUCGCUCAACACAAGAUAAUGGUCGGGUCCAUGAAAGGAUUAAUCAAAUCGAUAAUUAAGAUCAACGGUUGAGAUAGGUCCGUGGCCUUAAUUUGUCACACCGAAAAUCGACACUAUUGAAAUCUCGCAACUAUAACAAUAGUGGAAUACUGGAAAAGGAGGCAGUUGAUUUAUAAACCAAACCAUAGUUAACAAGAACCUAACCAUGGUUAAAACAUGCAGUUUAUAUUUCAGAGACCCUCCUCUCCCUCAGACCAUCCCCGAUAAUGUGCAAAAAUGAUGAUCGGAGAAUCUCAGCAUUCAAAUCCGACUGUCCAAAUCCCUGCUUGGGACCCUUUUAUCGACGAGCCAACGUCACCCUUACUGUCGCCGUUUGCGAAAUGCGGGAAUGCCAGUUCGCCUUUUCUCGACUCCUUAACGGCGCUCCACCGGUACCUUCCAUCAAACGAGCCUGACUCGUUGAGCGAUGACCUGGACUUGCCUGUGGAUGCCUUCUCCUGCGAUCAUUUUCGCAUGUACGAGUUCAAGGUGAGGCGCUGCGCACGUGGGAGGUCACAUGAUUGGACAGAAUGUCCGUACGCUCAUCCUGGGGAGAAGGCUCGCCGCCGGGACCCACGCAGGUAUCAUUACUCCGGUACGGCCUGCCCAGACUUUCGCAAAGGUGGGUGCAAGAAAGGUGACUCAUGCGAGUUUGCACAUGGUGUUUUUGAGUGUUGGCUUCAUCCGGCUCGAUAUCGUACCCAACCAUGCAAGGAUGGUCCAGCUUGUCGCCGUCGGGUUUGUUUCUUUGCUCAUACUCCGGAUCAGCUUCGGGUUUUGCCUCCGCAGAGCCCGAGGGGAAACGGGUCCGGAUCGGGUGAUAUGGAGGUUGGCUCAUCUCUGAGGCACCAUUUUGACUCGUAUUUGACUAAGGGUGGGUCUUUUCUUUCUUCACCCACCUCGAUUUUAAUAUCACCGCCUGUGUCGCCGCAGUCUGAUUCGCCGCCAAUUUCGCCGAGUAGCCCCCAGGUGGUUGGUGGGUCCUUUAACCCGAUGAGCGAGCUCGUUGCGUCUAUGCGGGGUUUGCAGCUAGGUAAGACGAAAGUGGGACCAGCAUCCUGGAGCAUGCAGAACGGAUCCGGGUUUGAGUCGCCUCGUGGAUCGUCUCUACGUCCCGGCUUUUGCAGUCUUCCUUCGACCCCCACCCGGAUCAUUAGUCGUCCCGGAUUCGGUCAGCUGGACAUUUGGGACUCUAGUUUGGGGGAAGAGCCUGCAAUGGAGAGGGUGGAAUCUGGAAGGGACUUGAGGGCAAAGAUAUACGCAAAGCUCAGUAAAGAAAACUCGAUGAACGGGUCUAACCCGGCCGCUUCAGCACCAGACGUUGGGUGGGUUUCUGAGCUGGUGAAGUGAAGCCGAGUCGAUUCAGCAUGGAAUUUCAUUCCUUUUGUUGUUUUGUAAUGGGAAAUUAAUUUCGGUGGCCAUCGAUUCUUCUUUCUGACUCUGUGAAUAUGAAGUUGAAGAAUUUGGAACUUUGGAAAUUACUCCUCUGUAAAUAGUAGAUGGGGAGAGAGAUUUCAAGUAUCUCUGUUUUGUGGCACCGGCGAAAAGAAAGAAAAAGAAAAACCUGCGACUUUUGUGUACAGACAAGAAGGAUUCCUUUUGGCUUCCGCAGAGUGGGUAGCAGUUGGUUUGUUCAUCAAAUUUGUCUAUGAACUGUAUUUUCUUUUUGAACCAUCUUCAUCUAAUUUUCCCGAAAAUUAAUCUUUGUAAGCUGUUAUGUUUAUGUCUAAUCAAUAUAAUUAUCUUCAUUUA